CGCCCCGCCUCCGAUAAAGCGCAGCAAAGGUCGGCGUUCUUCUUCCUACAUGCAACCAAACCGGCAGCGAGGCGGGCGGCGGGGACGUAAACCGAAACCACCGGAGCCCGUGUGUGUGUGUGUGUCUGUCUGUGUGUGUUUGUGUGUGUUUGCGUGUGUGUGUGCCCGUGUGCGUGCGCGGCGCACGAAGGUGAUGAAUUAGUGAAAUAAAGCUCCAGUUACCGGGCUGAUCUCGGUACACGUGGAGGUGGUGUUUUAACAAGAAGGCCAGGCCGCCGCGUCAUCGAGGCCGCUCCGUGCGCACUGGAAACCCGGCAUUCAAUUGGUGGAAGCUGGAGGGGGAGCACCGGCCUUUUCCACUGCAGGAGGAGAAGCGAAGCGAGGAGAGGGGAGUAGAGCAGAGUUGAGGAAACCGAAAAAGAGAGACGCCACUGCCAAGACAGCAGCAGCAGCAGCAGCCUGCGCACUGUGCGCACGGCACGAGGGACUUCGCCAAAAAAAAAAAAACCCUGCGCACUGGCUCCGCAGGAUGCGGCGCUGCGGCUGCGUGGUUCGGUAGCCUCCGACAGACGCAAGUCGGUUCCGGUCGCGUGCAGGAAUUCUUCUUGACUGGUGCAGGGGAGAUCGGGACAAACCGGUCGCUAGCUGCGACGUUUGGUCCCCCCCCCUCCCCCCGCGCCGGGGAGCCCUCCACCGGACAUGGGAAAUGUAAACAGUGGUCGGGCUGGAUUUUAAACCACGCACACAUCCCACCUUCUCCUCCCACCGCCUUUUCCUUUUCCCGAGGCGAUGGAGAUGGAGACGGAGGCAGAGCCGCCCAUGCACAGCGUGCACGGGACCAACCGGACCAGACCGUCCUCCUACCGGGCCCUGCGCAGCGCCGUGUCCAGCCUGGCCCGCUUAGACGACUUCAUCUGCGAGAAGAUCGGUGCAGGCUUUUUCUCCGAGGUGUUCAAGGUGCAGCACCGCGUGUCCGGCCAGGUGAUGGCUCUGAAGAUGAACAUCCUGGCCAGCAACAGAGCCAACAUGCUGCGGGAGGUGCAGCUCAUGAACCGACUAUCGCACCCCAACAUACUGCGGUUCAUAGGAGUGUGCGUCCACGAGGGGCAGCUGCACGCCCUCACCGAGUACAUAAACGGCGGCAACUUGGAGCAGCUGUUGGGCAGCGACGUGCAUCUGCCGUGGAGCGUGCGGAUCACCCUGGCGCUGGGCGUCGCUCGGGGGCUGCAGUACCUGCACAGCAAGGGCAUCUUCCACAGGGACCUCACCUCCAAGAACUGCCUGGUGCGCUGGGAGGGCUGCGUGUGCUCGGCCAUUGUGGGAGACCUGGGCCUGGCGGAGAAAAUCCCAGAUUACAGCGAUGAAGAGGACCAGGAGCCCCUGGCUGUGGUCGGCUCCCCCUACUGGAUGGCCCCGGAGGUGCUGCGAGGGGAGCUGUACAAUGAGAAGGUGGAUGUGUUUGCAUACGGGAUCAUCCUGUGUGAGAUCAUCGCGAGGAUACAAGCCGACCCCGACGUCCUGCCACGCACUGUGGACUUUGGUUUGGACGAGGCGACCUUUCGGGAGAUGGCGGGAGACUGUCCUCCCGACUUCCUGGAAUUGGCCUUCACCUGCUGUAAUAUGGAUUCAAAGCUCCGUCCGUCCUUUUCCCAAAUCGCGGUGGAGCUGGAGAGGAGACAGGCCGAGAGGAAACAGAGGGCCGAGCCGACGGUCAAAGCCGUUUCUCCGACGAUCGGCCCGCUGCGACGGCGCUCCCUCUGCCUCCUGUCGGACCCCCGCCUCUCCCGCAGCAAAUCGGACAUGCUCCACCCCCUGGACACGCCCCCUCCCGGCACCGCGGCGACCCCCGCCCGGGUCAACCCCUUCUCCCACAGGGCGGACCUCAUGGGGGGCAAGAUCAAGCUGUUCGACACGCCCAGCAAGUCGGUCAUCUCCCUCACCUUCACCCUGCCCCCCCCGCCGGACUGCAACCAGCCCGCCGGGUCGGAGAGCGACCGGCGCCACGUGCCGAGGAGGCACCGCCGCUGCCACUCGCUGCCGUGCACGCCGCCUCCGCACCUGGCGGCGGCGCCGAGCGGCGUCCUGACGGAGGAGGCCGAGCUGGACGCUGCGAGCGGGGCCGAGGUCGGGGAGGGCAGCGGCGCCGACUCGGGCCUCCCGCCGUCCUUCGAGCCCCUGUCGCUCGACCUCGCGGACCAAGAGGAGGAGGAGGAGGAGGAGGAGGAGGAGGAGGAGGAGGAGGAGGAGGAGGAGGAGCCCAUGGACUGCGGCAGCUCGCCGAGCACCCAGGACAGCGCCUCGUCGCCUCGCUCCGAGCUGUCCCCCCCACCGGCCCACUCCUCCACCCCCCGCCAGUCCUGCAACCCCCCGCUGUCAAACGGCUGGGGGUCGGCCAUCUCCAACGGGCCCCCCUGCCUGCCUCCGCUCUCUCGCCUGGACAACAACAACGCGGCGGCGAGCCGGCGGUUGGGCGGCCGCGGCGCCACCAACAACAACGGUUACCACUCGCCCCCCGGCGGCGACCCCGGCGGCUCGUCCCCGUUCGGCUCGGGGGGGAGCGGGCGCUCUCUGGACCAGGAGGAGGUGCUCUCGUGCCCCGGCUGCUGCCUCGCCGGCCUUCGCUUCCCGUCGCUGUGUCUCAGGGCGCCGCCGCGCAGGAACCCUUACAAGAACCUGAACGGCGACGGCGCGGCCUCGCGCGGCCUGCUCGGCCCGCCGCCCGAGGGCCCGCCGCCCUCGCCGACCCCCGCGGCCGCCGGCCUGGAGCCGGGACUCGCCUUACCGGGGCCGCAGGCCUGAGCCCUCGACGCGGUGGGAACCGGGCGCCAGAAGCCGUCUCCUGGACAUGAAGCGGGUCUCCUGACAAUUUGCACAGAUUUUAAACGCAACGCAGCGAAGCGAAGCGACGCUUAUUUUCCAGACACACACUUUUUUUGGUGCACAAUCUGUUUGCUAAAACACACUCCCAGAAUGCUGCGGGACAAAGAACUGGUGUCUUUGCUGGCAGCUUGUUGCAUGUCGCCCUCUGCUGGGCUGAGGGUAAAGCUUUAGUAUUAUUAUUAUUACCCCUGCAAUGAUGUUUGAUGUUUGGUGCUGUUCUAUGAACAGGCAAAUUAUGCUUUAAUGUAUUUAAUUAUCAAGAGCGUGUAUGGUGCACUGCCGGACUGCGUGUGUGCGUGUGUGUGUGUGUGCGUGUGUGAGGGAGUGAGAGGAAAGGUAAAAGUGGGCUAUACACACUUCUUUUGACCAUUUUGUUGCUGUAUGAUCUCUAUUGGCCCUUUUGGGUUGCCUGGUUAAGCACUUCAACUGUAUUAAUGUUAAUAAGGAAACUUAUGUUAUGAUUACGUUUGGGAAUGAAUGGUCAAAGACCUGCUUAAGAGAUGUACAGAUUGUUAUUAUUUAAAGAAGGCAUUGAAUAAACGGAUGGAAUGCA